GGGCUGAGCCCUGUGUCAGGUCACUUAAAGCCUUUUUACAUAAAUACAGGAACGUAACAAGUGUUAAAAGUCAAUACCACAAUUGACUUCCAUUUUAACGGCUCCUUCAUGUUACCCUGAAGUGUCCUUAAAAGAACUAAGAUGCAUGUAAAAACAUCUUUGACCAAAAGGUCAAGUAGUCUGACAACAUUUACUUCCCGGAAAAAAAAAAAAUCAGAAAAGGAGACUGGCUUGCGUUUUGCAUUUUGUGUGUGAUAAAUGGAUGUGAGUUGUCAAAAGGAACUCAUGUAUCUAAAAGAUUACUGAAAGCAGAGCUUUUAAAAAGCGUGGUCUACUGUUGGAUGAGUAAGAGAAAGGAUGUUAAGAACAGCUUGCUGCUGAAGAUCAAGGGACUUUAAGAAACGUGUUUCCUCCAUUCCUUCUGAGGAUACAGCUGGCAAAGACAGAGUGAAUGAUGCUGCCCUUUAAAUUUAAGAAUUUAUGUGGACAAUGGAGGUGAUUUUGCCUCCCAUACAGAGGACGUAAUGGAAGCUAAUGUUACAGAGUAUUUUGGGAUGUUUAACUGUUGUUAUGAAAAUUAAUGAAAUAUUCAAUGUUCUGAAGACAGCAAUGCAAAAAUCCUCCACACCAGGGUAUUUGACACUCUGUAAAGCAGCUCAGAAUUGGAGGUUAAAGUUUAAUGAUAUCGUUUGUUUUUUUUAAAGGGCCCACAACUUCGUGCCUUUUGUUUAUUUUUUUUUUUUCCUUAACAGUGCUUUUCCCUUUCUUUAUUGCAGCCUAUAGAAAACAUAGUUGUUAAGUUCUUCUUGGCACUUCUUUAAACUGUUAUUUUUCCAAGUCCAAUGCUAACUACUUAAUUCACCUGAGAUACUUUCUGGAUUUAUGCUCCCUUGAGUAUCUGCCCUAUUUCAUGUUCUGUAUCUUCCAGCAGUCUGUGCUCUGCACAUGCUCCCAUCUUUGUAGUUCCUCGUGGCAGUUUUGUCUACUUUCAUCUUUUUUGUCAUGCUACUAUUUUUUUUUAUAAAAUCUUAUACAAUUUCCCAAGUAGCAAGCUGCUCUGAGAGGUUAGAAACAGUAGUUUUCCGCUCUGUAGCGUUUCUGAGAUUUCUCAGGCUAUUUUCUUGUCUUUGUUCUCUGUAUGACAGGCCUUUAUGAUUUUUUAAAGGCAAUUUUGGUUUUAGUGUCCUCAACACCACAAGUGCAUCUUCCUAACCCUUUUUUCCUCCCACCAUAUGGCAUCUGUGACUUCAGUUUGCUACAAGGCAAGCAAGCAGGGAAAGCCUAUUGAACCUGGUGGGGACGAAUGAGCAGCUUUUUAUUUCCCAAUCUUUGACCCAGACAGAGGUUCAAAAGCAUUCCAAACUUGCUGUUUCUGAACUCCAGAAACAAAUCUUUUCCUUGGUUCAGUGUUUACAGCUUUGAACCUGGAUUUCAUUACGGUUAUCCCUGCCUCUGUGACUCGCGGACUGCUUGAAUGCCUGCAGUGCAUUCCCUCCUCGCAGCUACGCUUGCAGGCAGCUGAAAUGCUAUGGCAAACCCGGAAUGCAAAUAUGUGCCAUUGAACAGCGGCGUAUGAGAAUGAUGGUGGCUAAUCGCUUCUUCAAGGGUACCCAGAGACAAAAAAAUGUUACUGUCUUCAAAAGUCUCUCAAGGAGCUUAUCACUAAAACCUGACUUGAAUCUUGCUGCCAGGGAGCCGCAGGGCGAGUAACGCUGCCGCGGCCGGGCCAGCCACCUCCGGGUCCAUGAGCUGCCGCCAGCCGCCGCCGCUGCCAGCCGGGACUGCUGCCGCCAGCGCCGGGCCCAGCUCCCCCAGCCCCGCCGCCGCUUCCGCCGCCGCUCCGCCGCCCUGCCGGAGGACGGUCCCGCGCCCUCCGCUGUGAAGAGAGGAUGGCCGUGACUCUAGAGCAGGCCCGGCGGGUGGGCUAUACCUGCCUGAAAGCACUCCUCAGGUUCGCUUUUAUGGUCGCCAAUAACCUGGUGGCUAUUCCGUCCUACGUCUUGUAUUUAAUUGUGCUGCAGCCGCUCCGAGUGUUGGAUAGUAAAAGCUUCUGGUAUAUCGAAGGAGUGUUAUUUAAGUGGCUUUUAGCUAUGGUGGCUUCCUGGGGCUGGUGGGCAGGAUAUACAGUAGUGGAAUGGGGUGAUGAUGUUAAAGCAGUAUCAGAAGAUGAAGCCAUGGUGCUGGUGAACCAUCAAGCAACGGGUGAUGUCUGCACUCUGAUGAUGUGCCUUCAGGACAAAGGCACGGUUGUUCGUCAAAUGAUGUGGCUGAUGGAUCAUAUUUUUAAGUAUACAAACUUUGGCAUUGUGUCUCUAAUCCAUGGAGACUUUUUUAUAAGACAGGGAAGAGCACACCGUGACCAGCAGCUUGUGUUACUCAAGGAGCAUCUAGAAAAAUAUUACAGGAGCCGUAAUCGGAAAUGGAUUGUUUUAUUUCCAGAGGGUGGCUUCCUUAGGAAAAGGAGAGAAACAAGCCAGGCAUUUGCCAAGAAAAACAAUUUGCCAUUUCUUAAACAUGUCACCCUGCCGAGACUCGGGGCAACACAAGUCAUUCUGAAAACGCUUGUAGCGCCGCAAGAAAAUGGAACUCCAGCAGGUGGAGACGCUGUGAUAAAAGAGAGCAAAUCAAAAGGCCUCCAGUGGGUGAUAGAUACAACCAUUGCAUAUCCCAAAGGUGAACCUAUAGACAUACAAACUUGGAUUCUUGGUUACCGACAACCAACGGUUACACAUGUACAUUACAGGAUUUUUCCAGUUAAAGACGUACCUGCAGAGCCUGAAGCUCUUACACACUGGCUAUAUCAACGAUUCAUUGAAAAGGAGGAUCUCUUGACACAUUUCUAUGAAACAGGAGCUUUUCCUCCACUGCAGGGUCAAACAAAAGCUAUUUCUCGGGAGAUGACCCUCAGUAACCUGUGGCUAGUCGGCAUACAAUCACUUGCAUUUUUGUCAGGCGGUAUGUGGUACUGCAUCUUUCAGUAUUUUUAUCAUUGCCUAUUUUAAACGUGGAAUGGGACCUGAGGACACAAUGGGAAUCCAGGCUCUUGCAAACGAGUGUCUUGUUGUAUGUGCAAAUGUGAAUAUUCAAGAGUAAAGGAAAAUACUGGACGGACUCUUCCCUCUCUUUGGGGAAAUUUUAAACUCCACUAAAAGUGAAGAUCAGUAACAUAGUGACCUGAUGAUGUAUUAUUUUAAGAAUUGUCUGUAUUUUUAAAAAAUGUAUACUCUCACCCACACUUAAGCAAAUUCAGCAUUUGGACAAAAGGUGCAAUCGUACAACCACCGUAGAAGAAUGUCUGUGACAAGAAAGCUCUGUCACCACAAGUAUUUCUUGGCAUCGUAGUUAGAGCUCAGAAAAUUCAGCAACUUGUCUCUUCAGUAGUCUGUACAGCAUUGGUGUGGUUAGAGAUUCCUCAUUUGCACAACUCGUACUUUCUUGCAACUCAUUGUGCUGGAGUCAAAGAUACUCGACAGAGCUGGUGGCGGUAUCUUUGCGGCUACGCGCGUCAGCAGUUGUUGUUGUAUUAGGCACAUUGAUCUAAAACCAGGACCCAAGUAAGAUCCAGCGUCAGGUGUGUUUUUGUGAGGAAUCAGUCCUCAAAAAAGCAUUGCAGCAUCGUAGUGUGAUUAGAAGCUGCCCACGUCUAAUGAAUCAGCCCAUCUCUGCUGUGGUCUUACCAUCAGCUCUCUGAAUUCCGUGUGCUACCAGUAUCUCGUAUGAUGAAGAAGCUUGGAAAAUACAAAGUCACGUGGUUAAUUUUCCCGUUCUGUUCAGAAUGCAUCUCAAUGGUCAUUAUCAGUUUUCGAAAUGCACUCUUAAAAGUGAAAAUACCGUGAAGGAAAGACAUAAAGCUUAGGGUUUAUUUGUCCCACGUUGGAAGCCAGAGCAAUUCUAGCUGUUUCUGAAGGGCUGCUGGUGCUGCUGGUGAUUUUUAGCCACCUUUGUAUUUUGUAUACUGCAGUCCAACCAAGGUGACCUUUGAGUGGUUUAUAGAGGCCUUUUUCUCCCCGCUAGUUCCAAGAGUGCUAAAUAUACUCGUGGGAGAGUUUAAAUAAUUCAAUGCCAACCAUCUUAAUGUUUUGCUAAGGAGUAAUAGAAGAAAAACUAGUUUCUUAAAAAAUAGGUAUAAUUGUUAUCAUAAAUCUAUAGGAAGAUACUACUGCAAAAAAAAAAAAAAGUAUGGCAAAUACUCUGAAUAACCACAUGGAGGGGAGUAUUAAUUAGCUCACCACUGUGCUAAAAUCUUACUGGAAGAAGGAUGAGUUGAAUUGAAGGGCAAAGUGGAACACUUUCGGACGUGUACCAUAGGAUACUUUUGAAAGGAUGUCUGUGAUGUACGGUCUUUCUUCUGGCAGGUCUAGUUGGCAUUGUGUUUAUGUGAUUAUACACAGAUUUGAGAAAGCUGUUCCUAAAAUAAAACUAAUCUCUCUAAAUACAAGCACGGUAGCCAGAACUUCAGCUGUUGGCACGCUGCCUUUUACAGAGUAAUUUUACUGAGAACAAAGUAAGCCCUCAGUAGUUUUGGCUCCCAGUUAGUAAUAUCGAUCCCCCUUCUCUCUCCCUCUCCUGCUACGUGCAUCACAGCGGGUGGUGUGCCGGAUACAAAACCCAGCCAGUGUUCCCUUUGUGGGGCGCCUAAGAGCACACCAAAAUAGGAGGCCGUGCCAAUUUGCCCGACUUAAUGGAAAAAUACCUAGACAAAUACACCACCCCUGUCUCCCCAAAAGCAGUGGUUUCAUCCUAAGGUGGCUCCGUGGGAUGGUUGCAACGUGAUCCACCAUAGUAAGUUCCCCCAAACUACAAGUCCCCUCGCUGACUUCACAGAACCACUGCAGGUGGGAGGCAAUGGAUGGUGCUUGCCUCCAGCUUCAGGUUUUGGGUAAGAUGCUGUUUCUAAGUCCCAUCUCUUUACACACCUGAAUUCUGGUGUAACGUAAAAGCCAUUUAAAAAGAGACAUGCCCUGAAAGGGAGGCAGUCGUGGGAGCGUGUUCUGUUCUUUUCCCGUUGGUCUUGCUGAAGUACAGCUGAUGGAAUGAAUGUAUUUAUUGUGCCGUUUGACAGGAGGGUGUUGGGGCAGCCCAGUGCCGUUACCGUGUAAGCGGUUAUGUCUGCAGCACAUGGGCCUAAAUGGACUCUCAAAAUUGCAAAAUGCAGAUGAGAAGCUACUCAUUUCUGUCCUCCGCCAGGUGGUUUGAUGAGAGCCACAGAGAUGCCCAUAGUACAGCUGGUUUUAUUUUAAGCUAGGACAGACUAGAGCGAUAUAAAAAGGGAAAUUUAUAUAAGCAGAUUGCACAGCAGUAACUCGCAUCAGGAGGUUGUUCUUUAUAGACCCUGUGAACUCCACAUUGUUUUUUCAAAUGCAGUAUAUUUAUUUUUUUUCCAGUGGAUUGCAGUCAAUAGUGAGUGCUCACACGCUGCCUAAAGAAACUAGUAAUGCGCAAUAAUGUUUCAGAUAAUCACUUGAUUUAUCUGGUCCUGUUCAUUUUCAGUUUGUUCCUCUGUAGUUCUUACUAUUGUGAGAUGUUUGUUUUCAAGCACUGAUAGUUGUUUUGGUAGGGUGAGUAAAUAGCAUUAGGUCUUAGGCUUCUUUCCUGCCUGCACUGGAAAACGUGAAGCGCGGCUGAUGUCGUGCCUCCGUACGGCUGAGAUGCUGUAGAUGACAGUGGAAUGAAACUGUUGUUAAACUCCAGAGUACGCUCCCGGCAUGAACUUGGAUGCUGCUUCAUGAAAGAGAAUAGAUUGGAUACAAGCAGUUUUUCUGUGAAGGGAAAAACGUAAAAUGUAUACGAUAUAUAGGAAAUUCUGUGCUAUAAAAUGCCAUGCGGUCAAGACUGUUUGGAGCUCAGCCAGGCUAGUUUGGAAAACCUCAAUUCCUGUUGGUUGCAGGUCGGUUCUACCUUCUGGCAGUGGGGCCAGCGUUAGAGAUGUAGUGGGCGUUUUGCUGCGCCAUCCAGGGGCUUCCUCUUCUGAAGAGUUCAAAGUACGUUUGGUAGAAAAUGAUCUUAAUGAACCAUCAUACAGUUGAUCACAAAAUGGUUAAUUGAUAUAACUUCGAAUUUAUGUUAGGAGAAGUAUAAUGGAAGAAUGUAUAAAGCGACACAGAAUGAAAAACUUCGAGUAAAAAUGCCAGCUGAAAGCUGUUGCAUGCAGAAGUGAGAACAGAGCAAUUUAAGUGUAUUGCGAAUAAAGAUGGUUCUCUGCCAGGGUUGCACACAAAACAUCUGUACCUUCCUAUGUUUAGUUGUUCACAAACAAGUCGUUACGAUUGAAACGAUGUAAGUCCUAGUGGUUUAGCAUUACUGCUCUUUGAAUGCCCUUACACGAAGAGUAGCUGCCCAUUCACAAGGAGCAGUGUUUUCUUCAGUGCCCUUCGGUGAGUGCGCCUUCCUUACGGAUUCUCUCGUAUUUUAUGUAUGGUUCUAUCGAGCUUUUCAAAAACGAUGUCUCUUGCAGGAGGGAUUUAUUUUUUUUAAUUAUUUUUUAAGUGGCUCUCAUCAGAUUUUGAAAAGCAAGAUUUCAAUUUACCGUGCUCGCUGGAAAAUCAAAAGCUUCCUUCUCCCUCCUCCAGCCCCGGCAUCAAAAAUAAGCUGCAUCUUCUUAUUGCGGUAAAAAUACGAUGAUCACUGUGGUACUGUUCAUUAUUCACUUGUUUUGCAAAUGAUGUAACUUUUUUUUUUGUCUGACACUGCCAUAAAGUGCUGUUAACGUUUUUCACCUGUUUGUACAAGAUACUGCAGAUACCGAUCACUGUGUGUGACAGGAAUGAACUGCUCCACUUUGCCUUGACAUAAAAUUCUGGGACCAAAGGUACUUAAAACUGGGAUUUCCAAAAACGUGAGACCGGGGUCAGGUGCAUUCUCUUGAUAGCUGGAGAUUUUGUAGUGAUCUGAUAUAAUCACACAAAAUAAUUACGCAUUGGGGGGUACUGUAUUCUUUGGAAAUAACGGAGCCAUAUGAAAUAAAGGGUUAUUUUGCGAAAUUGCAUAUUUGAUAGUUUUUACACUUUUUUUAAAAAAAGAGAACAAUUGGAAGAGCAAAAUUGAAAGCAUACUCUGGUUUAAAAUGUCUGCAUACAUCAUGAACACUUCUGAGCAGCUUUAUUUUUUUCUGGAAAAACUGUAGACUACCUGGCUGUGAUACAAAAGAAGUCUUUAAAAGUAUUCUAUGCAUUUUAAAGUUAAACCUUUUCUUUUCUCAUUGGAUAAUGAAGUAAUUAUACACUGAACAACUGUCCUAUUAAAGUGAGUGAGUUCCUUAAAAUUACUCUACGAUGGUGUUCAUUUUGUAUGGUAAAAAUGAGUUUUCUUGAUAACAGUUACUUUCACCUGCAAUUUUCUCCUUCCCUCCCGUGUUACCUGCAUUUCUGUGUUUUGUAUGAUAAAAUGGAUGCAGAAGCCUGUAGUGACUCUCGGUGAAAAGGGCUGGUCGUGUUUGGAGUUGUUUUACUGAAUUUAUUUCACUGGAUUUUUUUAUCAAGUCUUUCCAGCAGCCAAGAUGUCUUUCAGAAAUGUAGACAGAUACCAGAAGGAGCAUUUCUCUACAGAGAUUAUUAGGUGUCUUUUCCCAUUUUUUUUUUUUUUUGUGUGGCAAAAAUAAAGUUGAUUUUUUUCAAGAUCA